GGGGCUGUCGCGGGCAGCCUCCUCACAGCGAUGGCGGCCGAGCAGGGCCGGCGGCGGCGGCGGCGGCGGCUCCGGCCGGACACGGCAGUGGUGGCGGUAGCGGCGGGCGGCGGGGGCCUGUGACCGGGAGCCGCCCCGGACCCGGGCACCAUGAGCCAAGGCCCCCCCCCAGGGGAGAGCAGCGAGCCAGAGGCGAAGGUCCUCCACACCAAGCGGCUUUACCGGGCUGUGGUGGAGGCUGUGCAUCGACUCGACCUCAUCCUUUGCAACAAAACUGCUUAUCAAGAAGUGUUCAAACCAGAGAACAUUAGCCUGAGGAACAAGCUGCGCGAGCUCUGCGUCAAGCUUAUGUUCCUGCACCCAGUGGACUAUGGGAGGAAGGCUGAGGAGCUGCUAUGGAGAAAGGUAUACUACGAAGUUAUUCAGCUUAUCAAGACUAACAAAAAGCACAUCCACAGCCGGAGCACCUUGGAAUGUGCCUACAGAACGCACCUGGUCGCUGGGAUUGGCUUCUACCAGCAUCUGCUUCUCUAUAUCCAGUCCCACUACCAGCUGGAACUUCAGUGCUGCAUCGACUGGACCCAUGUCACCGACCCCCUCAUAGGAUGCAAGAAGCCAGUGUCUGCGUCAGGGAAGGAGAUGGACUGGGCACAGAUGGCAUGCCACCGAUGUCUCAUGUACCUGGGGGAUUUGUCACGAUAUCAGAAUGAAUUAGCUGGUGUAGACACUGAGCUGCUAGCUGAGAGAUUUUACUACCAAGCCUUGUCAGUAGCUCCCCAGAUUGGAAUGCCCUUCAACCAGCUGGGCACGCUUGCAGGCGGCAAGUACUACAGCGUGGAGGCCAUGUACUGCUACCUGCGCUGCAUCCAGUCAGAAGUGUCCUUUGAGGGGGCCUAUGGGAAUCUCAAGCGGCUGUAUGACAAGGCAGCCAAAAUGUACCACCAGCUGAAGAAGUGCGAGACUCGGAAACUGUCUCCCAGCAAGAAGCGAUGUAAAGACAUCAAGAGGUUGCUGGUGAACUUCAUGUACCUGCAAAGCCUCCUACAGCCCAGGAGCAGCCCAGUGGACUCAGAGCUGACGUCACUCUGCCAGUCAGUCCUGGAGGACUUCAACCUCUGCCUCUUCUACCUGCCUCCGUCCGCCAGCCUCAGCCCGGCCAGUGAGGGCGAGGAGGAUUACGAGGGUGGCUACGCUUUCCUCCCGGACCUUCUCAUCUUUCAGAUGGUCAUCAUCUGUCUCAUGGGCGUGCACAGCUUGAAGAGAGCAGGGUGCAAGCAGUACAGCGCGGCCAUCGCCUUCACCCUGGCCCUCUUCUCCCACCUGGUCAACCACGUCAAUAUACGGCUGCAGGCUGAGCUGGAGGAGGGCGAGAACCCCGUGCCGGCGUUCCAGAGCGAUGGCACAGAUGAGCCCUUGGAGAAGGAGGAGGCGCCAGGCCCUGAGCCCCCUCCUGCAGCACCUCCCGCAGGUGAGAUCAGAAAGAGCCGGAAGUUCUCCCGUCUCUCCUGCCUCCGCCGUCGCCGCCACCCACCCAGAGCUGGAGAGGACAGUGACCUGAGCGAAGGCUUUGACUCGGACUCCAGCCACGACUCAGCCAGGGCCAGUGAGGGCUCGGACAGUGGCUCCGACAAGAGUCUCGAAGGUGGGGGUACAGCCUUUGAUGCUGAGACAGACUCAGAAAUGAACAGCCAGGAGUCCCGGUCAGACCUGGAGGACAUGGAGGAUGAGGAGGGGACACGGUCCCCAGCCCUGGAGCCCGCUCGGCCCAGGUCAGAGGCUCCCGAGUCUCUCAAUGGCCCCCUGGGCCCCAGUGAAGCUAGCAUUGCCAGCAACCUGCAAGCCAUGUCCACCCAGAUGUUCCAGACCAAGCGCUGCUUCCGACUGGCCCCCACCUUCAGCAACCUGCUCCUCCAGCCCCCCAGCGAACCUCACACCGUGGCCAGCCGCACGCCCUGUGUCAACGGAGAUGCGGACAAGCCCUUGGAGCCAGCCUCUGAGGAGGGCUCCGAGUCAGAGGGCAGCGAGUCUAGCGGGCGCUCCUGUCGGAAUGAGCGCAGCGUCCAGGAGAAGCUACAAGUCCUGGCGGCCGAAGGCCUGCUUCCUGCUGUGAAGGUCUUCCUGGACUGGCUGCGGGCCAACCCUGACCUCAUUGUCGUGUGUGCACAGAGCUCUCAAAGUCUGUGGAAUCGUCUGUCUGUGUUGCUGAACCUGUUGCCAGCUGCUGGUGAGCUCCAGGAGUCUGGCCUGGCCCUGUGUCCCGAGGUCCAGGACCUUCUCGAAGGUUGUGAACUGCCUGACCUGCCCUCCAGCCUGCUGCUCCCAGAGGACACGGCCCUUCGUAACCUGCCUCCCCUCCGGGCUGCCCAUCGACGCUUUAACUUUGACACGGAUCGGCCCCUGCUUAGCACCUUAGAGGAGUCGGUCGUGCGCAUCUGCUGCAUCCGCAGCUUUGGCCACUUUGUGGCCCGCCUGCAAGGCAGCAUCCUGCAGUUCAGCGCGGAGGCCGGCAUUUUCGUGAGCAUUGCCCAGUCGGAGCAGGAGGGCGUGCUGCAGCAGGCCCAGGCGCAGUUCCGCAUGGCACAGGAGGAAGCCCGUCGGAACAGGCUGAUGAGAGACAUGGCCCAGCUGCGACUUCAGCUCGAGGUCUCUCAGCUGGAAGGGAGCCUGCAGCAGCCCAAGGCCCAGUCGGCAAUGUCUCCCUACCUCGUCCCCGACACCCAGGCCCUCUGCCACCAUCUCCCGGUCAUCCGCCAGCUGGCCACCAGCGGCCGCUUCAUUGUCAUCAUCCCAAGGACGGUGAUCGAUGGUCUGGACUUGCUGAAGAAGGAACACCCAGGGGCCCGGGAUGGGAUCCGAUACCUGGAGGCAGAGUUUAAGAAAGGAAACAGGUAUAUUCGCUGCCAAAAAGAAGUGGGCAAGAGCCUCGAGCGGCAUAAACUGAAGAGGCGGGAUGCGGACGCCUGGACUCUCUAUAAGAUCCUGGACAGCUGCAAACAGUUGACUCUGGCCCAGGGGGCAGGUGAGGAGGACCCGAGCGGCAUGGUGACCAUCGUCACGGGCCUUCCACUGGACAACCCCGGUGCGCUCUCCGGCCCUAUGCAGGCAGCUUUGCAGGCCGCUGCACACGCCAGUGUGGACAUCAAGAAUGUUCUGGACUUCUACAAGCAGUGGAAGGAGAUUGGUUGAGACGGACCCCCAGGCCCUGCAGUGGGGCUGCAUCCAGAUCUCUCCUGCCCUCCCUGGCAGCCAGGACCACCACCUGUAGUCACCCCACCACACGCAGACUCACGCACGCACACAGGAAGGAAGCCCAGCUGCACACAGGCCGCAGGGAGGGCCCGGGAGCUGCAGGGAGGGCCCAGAGCCGGCUGGGAGGGCGGGUCCCCCUGUCGCCAAGACGACGUCAGGAAAGCGGGGGAAGUGCUGGGAGCAGGAGAGGCCUGUGGGCCCCCAGCCAGCCCUUCUGCCUCAGGCCCCUGCUGUCCCCAGGGGCAGGUGGCAGGCGUGGGCGUCUGCGUUCCAUUGGAGUGGUUUGUGGACCUCUGAGGGGAAGGGACAGCAGAAGGGCCCCUCUUCCUCACUCAAGAUGCAGGGUGGUUGGCGCCAGGAGUUGGAUCCUCUGGUGCCGGGGAGAGGAAUUGGGUAACACCAGAUGUGUGGGUGAUUCUCUGCAGACUCUUC